CCCGCAAACUAGAUACGCAUUUGGUUGCAUGACACGAGAGGGUCGCUCGAUGCGGUAAAAGCAGUGAUUAAACACUGGAGACAGAACAAGUUUCUUUCUAAACAGACACUGCCGCAAUCUACAACAGACGGGAAUACUAUUUAUUGUAAGGUGAUUGUUCAACUCAAAGAUGAAUUUUGAGCAGCCUCCUCCAUACCCAGGCAGUGGCCCCACUGCUCCAGGAUACCCACCUCAGGGUCCACCUCCACAAGGCUACCCACCUCAGGGUUAUCCUCAGCAGGGAUACCCUGUGAACAUGGAGCAGCCUAAUCCAGCAUACCCUAACUACCCUGCCGGGCCAAUGGGCCCCGGAGGUCCUUAUCCUGGCCCAGGACAGCCUCCUUAUCAUGGAUACCCUGGACAACCACAGUUUGGCUGGCAGGGUGGACCCCCUCCUGGGCCUAUGUAUGGGGAAGCUCCCAAAAACACAGUGUACGUGGUGGAGGACAGGAGAAGAGACGACACAGGAGACACAUGCCUGACAGCCUGCUGGACAGCUCUGUGUUGCUGCUGUCUCUGGGACAUGCUGACAUAAUGUUAUUCACCAACUGACCCCCCAUUACCACCCCCCCUCCCCAUUUCUGUGCCUUGACCCCCCACCCCCCAUUUGCCCUUAACCUUGCACUCCCUUAAAACUACUCCUCCAUUUCCUCUACAUGUCGUCUUGCUCGUAUAUAAAUAAAAGCCUUGGUCCCAUAUGGAAGUCUCUUCCCAGGGCUAGCCACUCUACCUUGGUGUGAAACCCUCAGCACUGACUGAUGGACUGACUGACCCUGUCCAGGGGCUACUCUGUAGCAACUUGUAACUGAGCUUCUAAACUUAACCUGAAUCUCAGGCUAAUCGCACACUUUACAUUCAACAGGCAGCACACACACAAGACAAGGUAGAUACACAAACACAUGCACACACAUACAGUAUACUUGUAUCUCAGGCUCAUCUAGUGUGAUGCUCUUUGGCACUUUAUGAUGAUUACCUCUGUAAGAUACUACUCCUGCCUGCCCUUUCGACCACCUCCAACCCUCCCUAACCCCACCCCACCCUUCAGCCAUGCUACUGACCGUGCCCAAGGACUACCCCUCUAUGUCCCAAAGGCCACUAAGAUCCUGGCUGCUAAUGAGCCACAGGGUGCUCUUAGGAAGCUCAUGCUUGAAACGUAUCCCUUUCAUUUGCACACAAGCUGUUUUGGCCGACGUACGUCUUCAGGUGGAAUCAUAUGACAAUAAAUGGAAAUGCAUUUUUAAAGAUGACAGUGAUUUAUGUUUGAUUACUGUUCACAUUCAAUGGCCACAAUGUUUGUUUGUUUUUUCUCAUGGUGAUCUUGAUAUGAAAAAUUAUUCCAAUAUUAUUUUUAUUACAUACCUUGGAGAUAAAACUGAAAAUAGGAAAAAAAAAAAAGUUGUGAUUGCUUAACAGAAUAAAGUAAAUGACCUGUCAGAUGCCUUUUUGCUUUAGAUGAGAGUCUUGCAUUAAAAUAAUUUAUUCCCAUGAAA